ACUUAUAAACAGAGCACAAUUACACGCCAAAAAGUGGCGCCUAUGCAUCAAACGAGCAGAGAGAGCGUGGAAGACAUGGCAGCACUUGUGGAUCUCCAUGAAGGCUCCAUUAUGCACAAUUUAUUCCAGCGUUAUCAGCAAGAUAAAAUCUAUACUUACAUUGGUUCAAUAGUUGCCUCUGUGAACCCCUACAAGAGCAUCCCGGGCCUGUACGACUGCGCCGCCGUGGAGCGGUACAGCAAGCACCACCUGGGAGAGAUCGCUCCUCACAUCUUCGCCGUGGCCAACGAGUGCUACCGCUGCCUCUGGAAGCGCCGUGACAACCAGUGCAUCCUCAUCAGUGGCGAAAGUGGUGCUGGUAAGACAGAGAGCACUAAGCUGAUUCUCAAGUUCUUGUCUGCAAUGAGCCAACAUUCGCUGGAGCUGUCCUGCAGAGAGAAGACCUCCUGUGUGGAGCAAGCUAUUCUUGAGAGCAGCCCAAUUAUGGAAGCUUUUGGCAAUGCAAAGACUGUUUACAACAACAACUCAAGUCGCUUUGGGAAGUUUAUUCAGCUGAACAUCUGUCAGAAAGGAAACAUUCAGGGAGGAAGAAUUAUAGAUUAUUUAUUGGAAAAAAAUCGUGUAGUAAGACAAAACCCAGGGGAAAGAAAUUAUCAUAUAUUCUAUGCUCUGCUGGCAGGGAUAGAAGAGAGAGAGAAAGAUGCUUUUUACCUAUCUGUACCAGAGAACUACCACUACCUGAAUCAGUCUGGAUGUAUAGCGGAUAAGACAAUCAGUGACAAAGAUUCUUUCAAGGAAGUCAUUACUGCAAUGGAAGUGAUGCAGUUCAGCAAGGAGGAGGUGCGAGAAGUUUUGAGACUGUUAGCUGGCAUUUUACAUCUAGGAAACGUUGAGUUCAUCACUGCUGGUGGGGCACAGGUGUCCUUUAAAACAGCUCUGGGUAGAUCUGCUGAGCUGCUGGGGUUGGACUCCACACAGCUAACUGAAGCGUUGACGCAGAGGUCAAUGAUACUCAGGGGAGAAGAAAUCCUAACACCUCUUAGUAUACAACAGGCAAUAGACAGCAGAGAUUCUAUGGCUAUGGCACUUUAUUCGCAGUGUUUUGCUUGGGUCAUUAAGAAAAUCAACAGCAGAAUCAGGAGCAAGGAAGACUUCAAGUCCAUUGGAAUUUUGGACAUAUUUGGAUUUGAAAACUUUGAGGUAAAUCGUUUUGAGCAGUUCAAUAUUAACUAUGCAAAUGAAAAACUUCAGGAGUAUUUCAACAAGCACAUCUUCUCUUUGGAACAACUGGAAUACAGCAGGGAAGGACUGAUUUGGGAAGAUAUUGACUGGACAGACAAUGGAGAGUGCUUGGACCUUAUUGAAAAGAAACUGGGUCUGCUGGCACUCAUCAAUGAAGAGAGCCACUUUCCUCAAGCUACUGACUCCACCUUGCUGGAGAAAUUGAAUACGCAGCAUGCUAACAAUCCUUUUUAUGUAAAACCGAGGGUUGCCGUUCACAACUUUGGAGUGAAGCACUACGCUGGGGAGGUCCAGUAUGAUGUCAGGGGGAUUUUGGAGAAGAACAGAGACACUUUCAGAGACGAUCUCCUGAAUUUGUUACGUGAAAGCAGUCUUGAUUUCAUCUAUGAUCUGUUUGAACAUGUUUCAAGCCGCAACAGUCACGACACUCUGAAAUGUGGAAGCAAGCACCGAAAACCUACUGUCAGUCUCCAGUUCAAGGAAUCGCUUCAUUCCUUAAUGGCCACACUGAGUUCUUCAAAUCCUUUCUUUGUUCGGUGCAUCAAACCCAACGUGCAGAAGAUGCCAGACCAGUUUGAUCAGACAGUGGUGCUUAACCAGCUGCGCUAUUCUGGGAUGCUGGAGACAGUCCGGAUUCGGAGGGCUGGUUUCCCAGUCCGGAGGCCAUUUCAAGACUUUUAUAAAAGGUAUGAAGUUCUCAUGAGAAACUUGACUCUGCCCGAAGACUUAAAUGAGAAAUGUGCUGUCCUGCUUCGUCUGUAUGACAACACAAACACUGAAUGGCAGCUUGGAAAAAAUAAGGUGUUUCUCCGAGAGUCCUUGGAACACAAGUUGGAGAAGCAGCGAGAGGUGGAAGUCACCAAGGCAGCAAUGGUUAUCCGAGCACACAUCUUGGGUUAUGUAGCUCGAAAGCGGUAUAGAAAGGUUCUCUACUAUGUGGUCGUGAUACAGAAGAACUACAGAGCAUUCAGUGGUAGGAAGAAGUUCCUGUGCCUGAAGAGAGCAGCCAUAGUCCUUCAGAAGCAGUGGCGAGGCCAGCUCGCGCGGCGCGUGUACAGGGAGCGGCUGGAGGACAGGAGGAAACAAGAGGAGAAAAGAAGAAAAGAGGAGGAAGAAAGGGAAAGGCAAAGGCAAGAAGCAGAGCGUCUCGCCCAGCAGGCUGAAGAAGAGAGAAAGAGGCAGGAACUAGCUGCCAUUCAGAAGGCCCAGAAGGAGGCAGAGCUGAAGCAAGAGGUGGAAAAGCAGAAAGAAAGCAGGCAGGUAGAAGAAAUCCUGCGUUUGGAAAAAGAAAUUGAAGACCUGCAGCGUGUGAAGAAGCAGCAGGAGCUGUCCUUGACAGAGGCUUCAUUACAGAGGCUGCAGCAGCUUCGAGACGAGGAACUCCGGCGGCUUGAGGACGAAGCAUGUCGAGCAGCCCAGGAGUUCCUAGAAUCUCUGAACUUUGAUGAGAUUGAUGAAUGUGUCCGAAACAUUGAGAAGUCUCUCUCUGUGGGCAACAGGUUUCCUGCGGAGCUGACUGAACAGACUGGAAAUGCCUGCAGUGAAAAGCCCAAUUUUAACUUCAGCCAGCCAUAUCCUGAGGAGGAGGUAGAUGAGGGCUUUGAAGCUGAUGAUGAUGCAUUUAAGGAUUCACCCAACCCAAGCGAGCAUGGUCAUUCUGAUCAAAGGACCAGUGGCAUCAGAACAAGCGAUGAUUCCUCAGAAGAGGAUCCCUAUAUGAACGAUACCGUGGUGCCAACAAUUCCUGCUAUUAUACCUCCUUCCCACGAUACUGCCAGUCUCCACAACUCUUCAAGUGGUGAAUCCACAUACUGCAUGCCAGAAAAUUGUAGACCCCCAAAUUCUGUUGAACUUAUUUCUCCCGAUGGAGACUAUGAUUACGACCAAGACGAUUACGAAGAUGGUGCUAUUACUUCUGGUAGCAGUGUAACCUUCUCCAAUUCACACAGCAGCCAGUGGUCACCAGACUACCGAUGUUCAGUGGGGACAUACAAUAGCUCUGGAGCAUACCGAUUUAGCUCUGAAGGAGCUCAGUCUUCGUUUGAAGACAGUGAAGAAGAUUUUGACUCAAGGUUUGAUACAGAUGAUGAGCUUUCCUACCGGAGGGACUCGGUCUAUAGCUGUGUGAGCCUGCCCUACUUUCACAGCUUUCUGUACAUGAAAGGUGGCUUAAUAAACACAUGGAAGAGACGCUGGUGUGUCCUGAAAGAUGAGACCUUCUUGUGGUUUCGUUCCAAGCAGGAAGCACUUAAGCAGGGCUGGCUUCACAAAAAGGGAGGUGGAUCAUCUACACUUUCCAGAAGGAACUGGAAGAAACGAUGGUUUGUUCUCAGGCAGUCCAGGUUGAUGUACUUUGAAAAUGACAGUGAAGAGAAGCUCAAGGGUGCCAUUGAUGUCCGAACAGCCAAAGAGAUUGUUGAUAAUACUGGCAAAGAAAAUGGUAUUGAUCUAGUAAUGGGUGAUAGGACCUACCACUUAAUUGCUGAGUCUCCUGAGGAUGCAAGCCAGUGGUUCAGUGUACUGAGUCAAGUCCAUGCGUCCACAGAGCAAGAGAUCCGAGAGAUGCAUGAUGAGCAGGCAAAUCCACAGAAUGCUGUGGGUACGCUCGAUGUAGGACUAAUUGAUUCUGUCUGUGCUGCUGACAAUCCAGAUAGACCUAAUUCAUUUGUGAUCAUCACUGCUAAUCGUGUUCUUCACUGUAAUGCUGACACUCCUGAAGAGAUGCAUCACUGGAUAACACUGCUCCAGAGGUCAAAGGGGGACACUAGAGUGGAGGGACAAGAAUUCAUUGUGAGGGGAUGGCUACACAAGGAAGUAAAGAACAACCCAAAGAUGUCUUCAUUAAAACUAAAGAAGCGUUGGUUUGUUUUGACGCACAAUUCUCUGGACUACUACAAGAGUUCAGAGAAAAAUGCUUUGAAAUUGGGCACGCUGGUCCUGAACAGCCUCUGCUCAGUGGUCCCACCCGAUGAAAAAAUCUUCAAAGAGACAGGUUAUUGGAAUGUAACAGUAUACGGACGCAAACAUUGCUACCGUCUCUACACAAAAUUGCUUAAUGAGGCGACCCGCUGGUCAAGUGCCAUCCAGAACGUGAUUGACACAAAAGCACCAAUUGAUACUCCAACUCAGCAGCUUAUUCAGGAUAUUAAGGAAAACUGCCUGAAUGCUGAUGUGGUGGAACAGAUUUAUAAGAGAAACCCAAUACUGCGCUACACCCAUCACCCCUUGCACUCACCAUUGCUGCCACUGCCCUAUGGGGACAUCAAUCUGAACUUGCUCAAAGACAAAGGGUAUACAACUCUGCAAGAUGAAGCCAUCAAGAUAUUUAAUUCUUUACAGCAGCUGGAGUCUAUGUCUGAUCCUAUCCCUAUAAUCCAAGGGAUCCUCCAAACAGGACAUGAUUUACGACCUCUCCGAGAUGAGCUCUAUUGUCAGCUCAUCAAGCAGACCAAUAAAGUGCCUAACCCUGGGAGCACAGGGAACCUCUAUAGCUGGCAAAUACUCACCUGCAUGAGCUGCACGUUUCUGCCAAGUCGCAGCAUCCUCAAAUAUCUCAAGUUCCAUCUCAAAAGGGUUCGUGACCAGUUUCCAGGAACUGAAAUGGAGAAAUAUGCACUUUUUACUUACGAAUCUCUGAAGAAAACCAAAUGCAGAGAGUUUGUGCCAUCACGGGAUGAAAUAGAAGCUCUCAUCAGCAGGCAGGAAAUGACAUCCACAGUUUAUUGCCAUGGUGGGGGCUCCUGUAAGAUUACAAUCAACUCGCACACUACAGCUGGAGAGGUGGUUGAAAAGUUAAUUCGUGGUUUGGCCAUGGAGGACAGCAGAAAUAUGUUUGCUUUGUUUGAAUACAAUGGAACCACUGAUAAAGCAAUUGAAAGCAGAACCAUUGUUGCUGAUGUUUUGGCAAAGUUUGAAAAGCUUGCUGCCACUGCUGAAGCUGGGGAGAUGCACUGGAAGUUCUACUUCAAGCUCUACUGCUUCCUGGAUACAGAAAAUGUCCCAAAAGACAGCGUGGAAUUUGCCUUUAUGUUUGAGCAGGCUCAUGAAGCAGUGAUUAGAGGACAUUAUCCUGCUCCUGAAGAAACCCUCCAGGUCCUUGCAGCUCUGCGCCUUCAGUACCUUCAGGGGGAUUACACCCUGCAUAGCAGCAUACCAGCAAUGGAGGAGGUCUACCCCCUGCAGAAGCUGAAGUCUCGGAUCACCCAGUCUACCAAAACGUUCACUGCAGCUGAGAAGGCCGAGAAGAAACGAGCCAGCUUUCUUGAAGGAACCUUGAGGAGGAGUUUUCGCAGUGGCUCUGUCAGCAAACAGAAGGUUGAGGAGGAUCAGAUGUUAGACAUGUGGGUCAAAGAGGAAAUCUCAGCUUCCAGGACUAGUAUUAUUGACAAGUGGAAAAAACUCCAGAGGCUGAACCAGGAGCAGGCUAUGGCAAAGUAUAUGGCUUUGAUUAAGGAAUGGCCUGGCUAUGGCUCAACACUCUUUGAUGUAGAG